CGUUGGAGCUACAGCUCACAUUUACGCACACGAAGAAGAAGAGUCCCACAUUGAAUUGUUGUGGUUUCAUGUGUUAAAGAAGUUAACCUGUCGCCUUUACAGCUUUCCAAAACUCUCUAACUUUAAAAGGAUCCUUUAACAGCCAACUUGUUGAGCUGGUUUACGUAUGAUUAGAGUUUAUGUGCUGCGUGUGUAAACGUUAGCUCACACUGUUUGUGAAUGUCUGUAGCUAGUGUUAGCUAAUGCUAGCUGUCAAUAGCUAACAGUGAUGUCCUCCUCAUGGACAGAGCGGCAGGGACGGCUGGGAGAUCUCGGGAAACAGAGCAAAGAGGAGCUCCAAGAACUGCUUCUUCGACAGGAAAAGAUACUCUCGAACAAGAGGUUUUUACAAAGUCUUCCUGACAAAGGGAAAAAGAUUAGAGAAUUUGCAGAGAAAGUACACCUUGCCAUUGAAUACUCUGAUGAGGAUGAGAGGAAACAGAGCUUGGUGUUUGCUGCCAGGAAAGAGUUACAGUCCAAGUACCAGCAGGCUUUCACAUCACAGUGUGCUGUCCCCAACGCACCUUCAGCCUCACACCAAAACAGGCAAAGUGAGGCUGUUGCAGGCGAUGCGGUCACGGCUCAUGUGCAGGAAAGCAAAGCGUUGGACGAGCAACAGAGCCAGUUUGUCUCUAGAUCAGCUGCUGGUGAAACCAUGGAGAUGGCAGCAGCUGGGGUCUCUCUGAACUCUGAUAAGCGAAAGAAAGAUGGGGACCUUGUUGAAGCCUUUGAAAGGGUCCGACUAUCUGAAACUACUACUAGUGAAAACAUCACACCAAGAGACAAUUACUUUCUCAAAAAGCAAAUACCAAAUCAGCCUCACUAUGUUACUCUUCUGGAAAGAACGGAGAACACUUCAGCACCCAUGAAGCAAAGAUUUAAACCACACCAGCUGCCCGACAGAAGUGACACUUCUCCAUCAGGAUCCUCGCCACCCAGCCGCUCUUCUGAAGGAUCAUUACCGCUUUCAGCUCAGGCCAGGAGGGAGCGGGACAGAAAGCAUCUGGAUGACAUCACUUCAGCCAAGAUGCCUCCUCUCAUCUAUAGUCCGGCCAAGCUUCUGUCUCUGGACGAGUCAGCCUCACUACAGCAGGAUCAAACCAAAAGGCAGCAGGAGUUGCAGGCCAAGCUGGCAGCCCAGAAACUGUCUGAGGGAUUGAAGGUCUCUGUGGGGAGCUACACUCCUGACGGCGGCCCCAUGGCUGCCUACAGAGAGGUUCACGAUAUAGGAACGCAGCUCUCCUCAGACGAGGACUGACCCUGCAAGUCCGGAGCUGGGGAAACCAGAGUGCCCUUGGCCUUUUGGGAAGCAGGCUUUGGACCUUGCAAUCAGGACCCAUCAAACAGGAUUUUCCCUCCAGGGACAAGUAUUCUUAAGAGACGAAAAGAGUCUUUACACCGCGUGAAGGCAUAGUUGGUAUCCCCGACUCGGCUCAGGACAUUGAAUGGCGGGUUGAGAAACCGGCUUACCUAAUUGUCAUUCAGUUGGUAUUGGGCUCAGUAGUUUAAGUUUCCUGCAGGAAUACAUAAUACCUGCUGUUGAAUACAAGUCUUAAAUGCACAUUUGAAACUUGUAUCAUCAUAAGGGAUAAACUGAAUAUGUCAUGGCUGUCUGGUCCUGAGAGAGGUAAAAUUUCUAUUGAGUGUUUUGAUAAUUAUAUGCACUUAAAGCCCAUCAGCAUGUGGAGCAGACUGUUUUGCAGAAUGGUGAUCUGCCUGCAACUCCAGACAUGAGCCUGCAGAAAGUUCUAUCAGAUUGAAGUAUUACGAAAUGUGUAUGAGAAUUCAAUAAAUGCAAUUGAUUCCUGAGAAGGUUACAGAUUACAAACGCUGCAAAGUGCCUCGUCAGCUUCUUCAGAGAGGAGAGAAAUUAAUCUACAAUAGAUAUUCUUUCAUUGCUGACUCUUAAGGUAAAACACGUUUCCUUGUCUGAGUGUUUUAUUCAGCUGACAAUAUAAUAUCUGUAGUACAAAAUAAAACAUGUUUUUGUAUAAUUAUUGUA